CCGACCGACCGACCGACCGACCGACGUCGCGUACGAGAGAACGGCUCACGGCAGAACGCACGACUUCACGCCCUACUCGACCACUAUGCCACUGCUGCACUGGCUGCACUCUGCCAGUUGCCACUGUCGACCACUCGGCUUUAAACUCGUCACUCGUCACUCGUCACUCGUCACUCGGCGUUCUCGCUUCUCGGGACUCGGGACUCGGGACCUAUACUUCGAGAUCUGACGUCAUCACGACACCAUCGACGAACCACCGAUGGCACCGAUCACGUUGUUCGCGUCGCUCCCAGCACUCCCAGCACUCCAGCUCUCUCACAAGCUCCCAACUCCCAGUUGCUUCAAAACCACGCGAAUCAACUACGACUACGGGCGUGUGCAACACUUUAUGUGUAUGUGGCAGACGGCAGUGUGUGGCCCAGGUGGCACUUGGCAGUUGGUGAUGGUUGGUGACGAAUGUGACGAUCAACGACGGAAUACGCCGAAUACGGAUAAUAGCAGAAUAGCAGAUCCUCCUUUGUUCACGCCCGAGUGCGAGUUGUAUCCCAUAUUUUUAAAUAUUCUGCAUCGAACGAGCGCGGAGUCUUAUUUUCAAAACGACAAUCUUGUAUUUUCGACCGUCGCGUCAGUAAGCUUCACGUUCAUCAUGGAGGCACACGCGCGUGCUCCAGAUCCUUUAACGAAAGACGGUGACAUGGCCAGCAACUGGCAAACCUGGAAAGAAGAUUUCCUUAUAUUUAUGAAAGUAACUGGAUAUAUCGAUAAAUCCAAUGAAAUCCGUGCGAAUCUUUUAAAAAAUCGGAUUGGAAAAGUUGGUAUCGAGGCAAUACAAAAUAUGUCUUUUGACAAUAUGCAAGAUAGAGAUGAUAUGGACAUAUUGAUUAAAAAGCUCGAGGAAUACUUUAAUCCACCAAAAAAAGAAGUGGUUGAACGGUAUCAUUUUUUUACAAGAUCAAAGAGGCAAAAUGAGUCUAUUGAACAGUAUAUAAAUAUCUUGAAAGAAAAAGCUAAAACUUGCAAUUUUAAUGAUAUGACAGAGAGUGUUAUACGAGACAAAAUCAUUCUUGACACUCACGACAAAAUACUACGUAAAAAAUUUUUUGAGGCAGAUGAUUUAGAUUUGUUGAAGCUAGUAGCGAUUUACAACGAUUAUAACAUUAAUACUGAAAAGAUGAAACAGGUUACUGCAGAAAAUAAAGCAGAACCCACAAGGUUUCCACAAAAACCACCGGAUAAUAAUGCGAAGAGAGUUUGUUGGAGAUGUAACCAUCAGCAUCCACUAGGAAAGUGUUUCGCUUGGGGGUCAAAGUGUACAAAGUGUGGUGAUAUAAAUCACUUCACUCAAUGCUGCAAGGGUUUUAAAUUUAAAAUGAGUGAUAAUAAGGUGAAUAAAAAUUUACUGGAUUCAGUGCAACAAACAAAAUUUAUCCCAAAGACAAAUAAUAAAUGGAAUAAUGAAGCAGAUUCCGCAGUUAAAACUAUGGAUUCAAUGACUAAAAUGACCAGUCUUCCUGAUAUACCAACAUCUAGCAAUGCUGCAAAUCCAGCUGUCGGGAAUGACCCUGCUUCUGAUUUUGUAAUACUAAAUACAUCUAAUCUCGCAUCUAAUACAAGUUCAAAAUUAUGUUACGAUAAUACCACGACGUAUUCAGCGCAUUUGCCUAAGAAUACACAGUACAAUUAUUCGUAUAUGAAGGAAGUCAAACCAAACGGGAUAGUUACUGAUUUAUAUAAUAGAAGCGAAAAUAUUCAACCUAAACAGACGCAGAAAACAGCGCGUGUAGAUGCUGCUCAAGUGCCGACCGAUUUUUUGCGACAUGUUACAAAACAUAAAGCGGCGAAUAACACACCAACAUUCAGAAAGGAGCGAAAGAAAAAGUCAGAUGAAGAUGCUUGUGUAUUGUCUUAAAUCUUUUAUUAUAUACUUUAUAGAUAUAUCUUGCAGAGUUGCAUCAACAGCAAAAAUUUUCAUUUUAUUAUGUAAAAGUUAGAUUAGCCUUUAUUUUACUGAUUUAAGGAAGGAGAUUUAGAGAAAA